UAAUGACAACAAUACACUAUUUCACCAUUAGAAACGAUAACACACAAUAGACAGAAGGCACUCAAACUAUUGCUGCUGCUUCGGUUGUCCAGUCUUUUAACAAAAAACUCAUAGUCAUCACAACUCGACACGAAUCGAAAGGGGUAUUCAAGCUUAUGCGAGUCUGACGAAAUUCGCGCAAAUGGUGCAAACGUUCUAGCAAUUCUCUACGAAAUAUCACUCACUCUCUUGGCAAGCAACCAAAAAAAAAAAAAACAAAAAAAAAUAAUAAAUCGAAGAAAAACAUUAACUAAAUGAGCGGCACAUUGACAUUGCCAAACGCUGAUGGCGUUGUAAACGCUACUGCUACUGUCGAGCCACAGAGCAUGGACAUUGUUGAGCUUCCGAAAAAUAACGGUUUCUGGCAAUGCCUUUUUAACUGGACAUCCUCAUCACCAACAAUGCUGCGCGCCGUCGAAAAAAAGAUACUUUCGUAUCUGAAGCUGCCGUAUCGCGGCUACUUCGUGGACAUCGGUCCGGCCGUGGGCGAUACCGAUAAAAUCUGGACGGUGAGCAUGAACACAGACUCUAAGGAGGUGCCACUGGUGUUGCUGCACGGCCUUGGCGCCGGCGUGGCACUGUGGGUGAUGAAUCUGGAUAGCUUUGCCAAAGAUCGUCCCGUCCAUGCCAUGGAUGUGCUCGGCUUUGGUCGCAGCUCGCGGCCUGCCUUUGGCAAGGAUGCGCUGGUGUGCGAGAAACAGUUUGUCAAAUCUGUGGAAGAAUGGCGACGCGAGAUGAACAUCAACGAUAUGAUACUGUUGGGCCAUUCCAUGGGCGGUUUCAUUGCCUCCAGCUAUGCGCUCAGCUAUCCAGAACGUGUGCGCCAUCUGAUACUCGCCGAUCCCUGGGGUUUCCCCGAGAAGCCACCCGACUCACAGACCACCAAACAGAUUCCCCUGUGGCUGCGUGCCAUUGCACGCGUUCUAACACCGCUGAAUCCGCUGUGGGCAUUGCGUGCAGCUGGUCCAUUUGGUCAGUGGGUGGUGCAAAAGACACGGCCGGACAUAAUGCGUAAAUUCCAGAGCACCAUUGAGGAGGAUAUCAAUCUGCUGCCACAGUAUAUUCAUCAGUGCAAUGCCCAGCAGCCGUCGGGUGAAUCCGCGUUCCACAGCAUGAUGCAAUCGUUUGGCUGGGCCAAGCAUCCGAUGAUACAUCGCAUCAAGGAUGUGCGCAGCGAUAUACCUAUCACAUUCAUCUAUGGAUCACGCAGUUGGAUUGAUUCGUCGUCCGGCGAGAAGAUCAAAUCGCAACGUGACACAAAUAUGGUCGAUAUCAAAAUUGUAACCGGUGCCGGGCAUCAUGUGUAUGCCGAUAAGCCGGACGUAUUCAAUCGCUACGUGAACGAGACCUGUGAUAUCUACAAACUCAGUGGCGGCCAUCUGCCAUCGCCCAAGCCAGCGAGAUCAUCAUCACCAUCGGUGCACAUUAUAAGGGAAGCCACCGAAUCGGAUGAUGAGCACGAGUUGCCCAAUUUGAAUACAGCGGAAUCGGUGGAGAUUAAAGCCGAAGCACCCGAAAGUGCGACGACCACGACAACAGUGCAUCGCACCGAAGAGGAGACGCCAGUGACUCCAACGGUUCAGCUGGCGGAUGGCAAACGAAAAUGAUUUGCAAAGUCCCCAAUUUUAAACGGCCCUCUAAAUUAUCUAUAUAUUUAUAGCACCAUAUUUAGAGCACACUGCUAACUAAUAUUGUUUUUGCCUAGUAUUAAAUGUUGUCUUUAUCUAUAAUUAUGUCUAGUUGAUAUUCUUUGCACUUGUUAGCACUCAAUUAAGAAUGUUCUGUGUUCUGCUGCGUGAUUCACAGUCAACCAAAGGGGUCCAAAGUGCGUCUUGAUAAAUUCAAUUGUGCAACGUCAUAUGUUGGAUGGAGAAUGACGCCUAAAAGAUCGCUAUCUAUGUGUGUACAUUUUCACCCUGAUCGAAUUGGAUCAUCAUCAGAGAGGCGAGUGCUGACGUCUAUCGACCACACGCGGAAGUUAUUGACCUUACCCAGUGGCCUAUUAUAUAUUUUGCUCCUAAUUUUUAGCUUAGCUAAUCACAAUUAAUCAUAAAUAGCAAAAAUACGAAACGAGCAAAGAAUUGUUCGGUUGUUCAUGGCAACGCUGUCAGUAUCAAUUAUACAAAUACAUAUAGUAUUCCUAAUCUAAUCCCUUAUGUGUACUAAACAUUGAUUUGCAACUUUUUAGUAAAAUCUGUUAGAAAAAGCUUUGAAUGCUCGCAUUCAAUUCUUUGUAGUCUGGUGUAUAAAAUAAUAAUAUAUUUUUAAAAGCUGCCUUUUUGCUAUCAACAAAGCUUAUUUUACCAUAUACAGUGCAAACUCGAGAAUGUAAAAUAACACAAAACUGGAAUGUUGGUGUCUUGAACUAAUUUAUAUAUUUAAGAAGAAUUGUAUCAGUGUUGAAACUAUGGUUAUUUUUAUAUAAAUAUAAUUUGUUUAAAGUGCAUUUUAUAUGCUUGCUUAUACAUUAU